AACAGACAGGCAACUGAGACAGACAAUCAUAGAUUCCUCCAAAACAUAAGCCAGUAUGUGGUCAACAUCUUGUCGCUCUGUUGGUGCUUUUUGGCGACUGUCUCCAUUGCGGUCUUUGUUUGACAUAGUUGAAAGCUCGUGCAUGUGCAACCGUGUCUGGCACGUCCAUAGAAUGCCCGUCUUCACCUCGGACUGACGGGUCUACUGUAUCUACUAAUCGUUCCUUCCUCUUCUGUCGGCUUCUGUUUUGUGUCAGUUUGCCCAAUCACACCACGCGCCUGCCCUAGCCCAACGCGUGCUCUCAAGUGCUGCAAGUAGCCGGCUGUCCACUUCCUCAACCGCUCCACCUUACCACAAACACCAAGCAGCCACUGCACCCGACAAUGGCAAACAAACGCAAAGCCCGGAAAGGGGCAGGAAGUCGCUAUCAUGGCAACGAUGCCCGCCAUCAGCCGCGUCCUGCGCCUGCCACUAACAUGUUUACCGCUCUCGCCGCCGCCGCCGCCAGCCAUACCGAUCAAGAGAUGAACCCUCACUUAUCGGAGCGCUUCACCCUUCCAUUCCGUGGGCGUAAUGAUACCCACGUCAAACAUCCGCUCGGCAUAGCAGCGCCCCCCCUUCCCAGCGCCAACAAAGACAUUGAAGAGUAUUUCGAGGAUGCGGAAACUCCUGUUGAUGGAGCUGGGUCUUGGCUUGACCAACCGGAGAUACCUCUGCCUGCAGAUAUUCUUCAGGAUGUAAAAUCUGAUUUCCCCGAUAGCUCCAAACCACUCGUGGACAUCCCUAAAGACAUCCAUCCCCGGCCAAACAAGGUGGAAGGCGCGUACAACAGCAGGGAAGAUUAUCUACAGACCCACCACGACCUCCUCAAGGAAGACACCCUUGGCCCAUUGCGCGACGCGGUGAACCAGGUCCGGGAAGAUCCAUUCCUCGAUGAGUCCGACUAUGACAAUUCCGCCAGUAUCGGUAUAUAUGAUCCGGUCUACAUCACAGGCAUGGUCUUUUCUCCGCGAGGGCUGGCAGUGCGGGUCGGCUUUUCACUAAGUCGUGUCAAGAAGUUCAUCCGGUGGAAACAGUCCAAGCGACUGAUUACUGGAACCUUGGUGGUGUUGUCUCCGUAUGAAGAUGCGUUUCGCUCUAAAUGUAUUCCUGCGGUAGUUGCUGCAAGGCCACUAUCUGCGCUAGAGAUGAAUCCACCUGAAAUCGACCUCUUUCUUCAGCCAGACGAUUUACAGAUCGAUCCUAUGAAAAAGUGGAUCAUGGUUGAGAGCCGAUCGAGUUUCUUUGAGGCCAGCAGGCACACCUUAUCCACCAUCAAACACAUGAUGCGGGAGCCUUUCCCACUUUCCGAGCACCUGGUCGACGUCAAGAAACACAUAGAUCCGCCCGAGUACCUUCGAAAACAACCUUUGACAGAUUUGAGCUCUUUGGUCAGCAUGGAGGACGCCGAAGCUUUUCAAAACGUCAAUGUGUUGCAACCGGAGUCGUGGCCGUCCGGUGAUGUACAUGGAUUGGACGACUCUCAGGCCAAAGCAUUAGAGCGUAUACUUACCAAGCGACUUGCUAUCAUCCAAGGCCCGCCUGGAACGGGAAAAACCUACGUCUCAGUUGUCGCAUUGAAAGUUUUGCUCGCGAACAAAGGCGAUGCGCCAAUUAUCGUGACUUGUCAAACGAACCAUGCUCUCGACCAGCUUCUUCGUCAUGUGGCUGAAUUUGAGCCGAACUUCAUUCGUCUUGGUGGCCGGUCCAAGGACCUCGACAAGGUCAAAAAGAGAACUUUGUUUGAAGUGAAGAACAGCAUGCAACAGUACUCAGGCCCGAAAAAGAAGCAGGCAAUGGCCGCCUUGAGACAAUUAACUGCGAAGAUGCAGCUUUUGCUUACCCCACUUGAGCUUGGUCAAAGUUGUCUGGAUCACCGUGCCUUAGUCAAAAUGGACAUCAUUACAGAGGAGCAAGCAGCAUCUCUAGACGCAGAUACGCAACUUACGAUGGGGACAUCCAGUCCUGAUUCCACACCCGGCGUGCAGAUGGAACAAUGGCUUGGCAGAAAUCUAGUACAAUCCCGGCGCCCAAUCCAGGCAGACGAUUUUGGAAUCAUGUUCGAAGAAGAAGACUUCGACGAGGUGGAACAACUGCAAGAGUUAGAAGCUGAGGCAGUCGCUAGGGAUGACGAGGACAUCGAUGCGCUCAAAGGACCGGUCACAUCACUCUGCGACAACCAAACUGGCAAAAGCCCCGGUGGCGAUUUCAAUUCCGAUUGCUAUGUUCGUCAAUAUCUUGCAAAAACGCCAGAUCUCACAACGAUCCCCAUGCCCCAUCGUGGAGGAGUUUACAAAUACUUCCAACGACGAACGAAGGACAUCAUAUUGCGAGAAUUGAUUCAUCUGGCCAAACAAUACGAGGAAAUUGUUCAAAAACGAAAGAUUGGCCAAUGGGAAGACGACCAACAAGUUCUUGCCUCAUCAAAGCUUAUCGGUAUGACUACGACCGGCUUGAACAAGUACCGCCCUUUGAUUGCGAGCCUAAGGCCGAAGAUCGUUCUUGUUGAAGAAGCAGCAGAGACGCUUGAAGCUCCAGUCAUCGCAGCCUGCGUGCCGUCCCUAAAUCACCUGAUUCUUGUGGGCGACCACCAGCAGCUUCGUCCUCAUUGCCAGAGUCACAAAUUUGAGGAUGAGCCAUAUUAUUUCAACCUUUCUUUGUUCGAGAGGAUGAUCUUCAACGACCUUGAAAUUAACAGUUUAUCCCGCCAGCGCCGGAUGAUACCCGAAAUUCGUCGUUUACUGAGACCUAUUUAUGCUGACGCAUUGCAGGACCAUCAUAGCGUUAAAGACAUCCACAACCGACCACCAGUGGAAGGAAUGGGUGGCAACAACUCAUUCUUCUUCACCCACGAAUGGCCGGAGUCAAGAAAUGUAAAUAUGUCUUGUCAGAACGAUAUGGAAGCCCAAAUGAUUGUCGGGUUCUUCGACUAUCUGGUGAUGAAUGGUGUGGACUCCAAUCAAAUCACAGUCUUGACUUUCUACAAUGGUCAACGAAGUCUCCUAACCAAGAAACUUCGCCAUCACCAAAACCUGAGGGCGCUUCCACUGAAUGUGUGUACCGUGGACUCCUACCAGGGUGAAGAAAACGACAUCGUAAUUCUCUCGCUUGUCCGGAGCAAUAAGAAAGGUGGCAUUGGAUUUCUGGAAAACGAUAACCGGGCUUGCGUCGCCCUAUCCCGGGCCAAACGUGGUUUUUAUCUUUUCGGGAAUGGGGAGAAACUCGCGAUCAACAGCAAUACUUGGUCUGAUGUGGUUUUGACCAUGUACGGAAAAGCAAACAGGUCGGAAUUGCCUGAAACUGGUCAGCAGCGACGUGUGGGAUUCAUGCUCCCACUUACAUGCACUAACCACGGGAACAAAACAUGGGUUGAAAUUCCAGAUGACUGGGAACUGAUCAAGGGCGGCUGCGAUGAGCGGUGCCACUGUCAGCUACCGUGUGGGCACAAAUGCGUGCUCACUUGUCAUCCAUUUGAGAAAGAAUCGAUCAACUGCAUGCAGCAAUGCAUCAAACCUCUGCAGUGUGGUCAUCCUUGCAGCGCUGUCUGCUGCGACCCGUGCAAAUGUAGCAUUUGCGAGCAGCGCAGCGGCGGAGUCAAAGCCAUUAUGAAGCGAAAGACAGCUGCAGCUCUACCAGCUUCCCAAGUUAUGAUCAAUGCAGGCGGUGUUACUACGGCCAACGCUAACACUUCUGUGCAGAUGGAGUGGAAGCAAUAUGCCGACGGUGGAGCCCGUGCUGAUGAUGCAAGAAUGUUUCAAGAGAGAAAAAUGAUAGAAGCAGCAGCGGGGGAGGCCAGCCGUGCUCAUCAAGAGCAAGAGGACUCUACGACCGGGCGACUUAUUGAGAAUUCACCUCACAAGACGAACGUUGGAGUAUCUCAGAAUACAGAUCUGCUGAUCGAUUUGGAAGGUGGAGCCCCAGCCAAAGCUGGUCCUCGAAAGUAUAGGGAACUGUUCACUUAUUCAUCGGUAGCUCGGGGCAGUGCCUCCGCGUCCGUCAAAGGCAAACGCAGGGCUCCUGAAUCCGACCUGCUCGAUUGA